UUGGAGAGUCUCUGCUAGUUUGUGGAAACUACUUUUUUCCUGCCUCUGGGGUUUACAUGAUCCAUGAUGGCGGUGGGGAGAACCUGGCGGUGGGUUUGGGUCUGUGCUCUGACUGCUGCGCUGCUCUUCCAGCGGUGUUACAGUCAGUAUGAGAAGGGGAUUUCCAUCCCAGAGCACGGCUUCUGCCAACCCAUCUCUAUCCCCCUCUGCACCGACAUCGCCUACAACCAGACCAUCAUGCCCAACCUCCUGGGUCACACCAACCAGGAGGAUGCAGGGCUGGAGGUGCACCAGUUUUACCCACUGGUCAAAGUCCAGUGCUCCAUGGACCUGAAGUUCUUCCUGUGCUCCAUGUACGCACCGGUCUGCACAGUUCUGGAGCAGGCCAUCCCACCCUGCAGGUCUCUGUGUGAGCGGGCUCGACAGGGCUGUGAGGCGCUGAUGAAUAAAUUUGGCUUCCAGUGGCCAGAGAGACUUCGCUGUGAGAACUUCCCCGUCCAUGGCGGCGGAGAGAUCUGCGUGGGUCAGAACACAACCGACACAGAUGGCCCCGCCUCAGACCCAACCCCCAACCUUCACGAGCUUGUGACUUUGCCGCCGCACUUUCGGCACAACCAUCCCUUCUCCUGCCCCCUGCAGCUCCAGGUGCCCCCCUACCUCAAUUACCACUUCCUGGGGGUGAAGGACUGCGGCGCCCCCUGUGAGGUCUCCAAGCCCAGUGGACUGAUGUAUUUCCGUGAGGAGGAAUUAAAGUUUGGUCGGCUCUGGGUCGGGACCUGGUCCAUCCUGUGCAGUGUGAGCACCCUCUUCACCGUCCUCACCUACCUGGUGGACAUGAGACGGUUUCGGUACCCAGAGAGACCCAUCAUCUUCCUGUCUGGCUGCUACUUCAUGGUGGCGGUGGCGUACGCCGCCGGCUUCCUGCUGCAGGAUAAAGUGGUGUGUGUCGAUAAGUUCAAGGAUGAUGGAUACAAGAUGGUGGCUCAGGGCACCAAGAAAGAAGGUUGCACCAUCCUGUUCAUGAUCCUGUACUUCUUCGGCAUGGCGAGCUCCAUCUGGUGGGUCAUCCUGUCACUCACCUGGUUCCUGUCAGCAGGGAUGAAGUGGGGUCAUGAGGCCAUCGAGGCUAACUCUCAGUAUUUCCACUUGGCAGCGUGGGCGGUGCCAGCAGUGAAGACCAUCACCAUCCUCGCCAUGGGGCAGGUGGACGGCGACCUGCUGACCGGUGUGUGUUAUGUGGGAAUCUACAACGUGGACGCUCUGCGGGGCUUCGUCCUGGCGCCGCUGUUCGUCUACCUCUUCAUUGGCACUUCCUUCCUGCUGGCGGGCUUCGUGUCACUCUUCCGCAUCCGCACCGUCAUGAAGCAAGACGGCAGCAAGACUGAGAAGCUGGAGAAGCUGAUGGUGCGGAUCGGUGUGUUCAGCGUUCUGUACACGGUGCCCGCCACCAUCGUCAUCGCUUGUUAUUUCUACGAGCAGGCGUUCCGGCCUCAGUGGGAGCGGACGUGGCACAUGCAGACGUGCAAACGCUUCGCCGUGCCGUGCCCGGCGGGAAACUUUGCACCGAUGACGCCGGACUUCACGGUGCUCAUGAUCAAGUACCUGAUGACCAUGAUUGUUGGCAUCACGUCUGGCUUCUGGAUCUGGUCAGAGAAGACACUGCAGUCAUGGUGCAGGUUUUAUAAAAGACUGAGCAACAACAACCAGGGAGAGACGACGGUGUAG